GCCCGGCGACGGCUGCUCCAUGUAAACAUUGGGAGUCGAUCAUGGACAGUCUAGUGAAGGUUCAUGGCAGUGGGGGUUAUGACUCCGACUUUAGUGAUGGCGAUGAAGGAGGAGAAUCCUCAGAGGGAAGGCUUAAAAGGAAACAUGAGGAGGAAAUCUUGCAGAAACCCUUCCAGAACAGUCGCCACUCCAAGGUGGCACAUCGUAGUUUUCACUCUAAUGAAGUGGACAGGGAGGAAGCCAGGAACAGAAGAGCUCACAUCAUAUCACUGAAUGCUUUUGAGCGACAUAAGAAGUUUGUGGGUGACUACAUACUGUACUAUGGAGGACAGAUGGCCGACUUCAAACGCUCCGGAAUCGAAAGACAAAACGACCUGGAUGUGCUGCGAGAGAAUCACCGCUUCCUCUGGAGGGACGAGGACGAGGAAGACAUGACAUGGGAGAAAGAACUCGCCAAGAAGUAUUACGACAAGCUGUUUAAAGAGUACUGCAUAGCCGAUGUCAGCAGAUACAGGGAAAAUAAGUUUGGAUUUCGCUGGCGGACCGAGAACGAAGUCGUGUCGGGGAAAGGUCAGUUCCAGUGUGGAAACAAGCACUGCGAGUCGGACGAGGGCCUAAAGAGCUGGGAGGUGAACUUCGCCUACGUUGAACACGGCGAGAAGAGGAACGCCCUCGUCAAACUCCGACUUUGCCCCGAAUGCUCCUUCAAACUCAACUACCACCACAGGAGGAAAGAGGUGAAGCCGAAGACGAGACCCAGAAGUUCAGCGCAGGAAAACCAGGAGCCGGCGAAGAAGAAGAGGAAGAAGAAGGAGAAGCGGAGGAGGUCGUCUUCACAUUCAAAGAAGCACAAACACAAGAGGCACAGAGAUCGCUCCCCCUCUUCCAGCACCUCCGGGGACUCUGAAAACUCGGACAAAGACGACGCGGACGGACCGGAGGGCCAAUCGGACGCCGACCACUGGCGAGGGCCGGCCCCCGCGGUGGAGGAAAAGUCAAGGGAGGAGGAGUUCGAUGAGUACUUUGAAGACAUGUUCCUUUGAAUCCGCCGCCGUCAGCGGGUUCCCCCUGCUGCGACCGCACUCCUCCACCCGUCCCGCUGACAGCACCCAUGUUCAGCCUGAGUCUCCUGUAGGUUUAUCUCACUGUAUGUCGCAGAAAUAAACAUGUUUA